AUGGAGUUUCAACAUUUUGCCUACCCGGAUAAGCUCAGCUUUAGGGAGGCGGAUCGGGAGAUUCGAUGCUUCGGGUGCCUGGAUGUCAUUAACGGUCCAGCUUAUAUUUCUGAAGACGGUUUUGGGAUGCACAAAGUAUGUGCUGAAAUGCCACCUCAAAUACAAAAAGAUGCUUUUCACCCCCAUCCACUCAAAUUCAAAUUGCUAGACGCAAUUGUGUGUGAUGCAUGUAGCAGAUUGUCGGUAAGUUACAUCUAUUACAGGUGCAUGUACUGUGAUUUCAACAUCGAUUUUAGAUGCGCUAAAGCUAUUAUAAAUGAUGAGAAUGAGAUAGAAAAACGUGAUGAUGAGGAUCUCCAAAGGACCCGAACUCUCCAUUUCAGCCACCCGCAUCAACUGACCCGUUGCAAGGUUUCGCCAAUAAUAUUGACCGAGUGUGAAGAAGAUUUUAUUGAAGAAAUAUGGACGAUAAAUAAGUUGAAGUUAAAUAAGUUGAAAUGUGUGGCAUGCAAAUGGGAGCUCCAAGAUACACAGGCUUUCAUGUGCCUUCCUUGUAGAUUUAUCAUACACGAAUCAUGUAUGAAUGACAUGCCGAUGCAAGUUCAAAGUAGCCUGUUUCACCCUCACCAUAUUCUUCACCCUCGACCAUUCUUUAACGCAGGGGAAGUUCGAUGUUAUGCUUGUAGGACGAAAGUUAAUGGUUUCAGCUUUUAUUGUAAUAAAUGCGAUGUUGACUUGCACGUUUCAUGUGCCAAGUAUCGAACUCGUGCUACAAAGCAUAGUUGUCAUCCUCACAAUCUUCUACAAUUGGGGAAGAGCAUUAUUAAAAGGAUAUCUUGUCGUGCAUGUGGUCGUAAAAAUUGCAAUGACUCCCUUUUCAGCUGUAGAAAGUGUGAUUUCAAUGUACAUCCUAAAUGUAUGCCACUACCGUCUAGUUUUGAGCAUAAACGUCACUUGCAUCCACUUAUGCUUGUAAGUCCUUUUGCCGAAGAUGAUUCGGGAGAUUAUUAUUGCGAUAUGUGUGAGACAGAAAGGAAUCCAGAAAUCCAUGUUUAUUAUUGUGCAGAAUGCAAUUAUAUUGCGCAUAUUGAUUGUGUCCUUUUCGAGGUACUUGAACCUCCGGAAGAGAUGCUUUUAGAUCCUCAAAGAAUAGAAGAGAACUUUGAGGAUGGAAGUUUGGGAUUGGAAAUGAUGCUAAGAGUUUCUGCCCAUCCUCACCCGUUGAUACCAAAUGACGACGACGAUGAUGAAACAAUAUUUGUGUGUGACAGAUGUGAAGAACUAUUCGAUGUGCUACCUCAAAAGAUGAAACUCCAAAAGAAAGGAGUAUCAAAACCAUAG